CACUCCGCACUGCUCUUAUUUAAUGGGGGUCUCCAUGCAGGGCAGGCGCCACAGGAGGUUUGGCGGUGCCCGGCUCCCUCGCAGGAGCCAUGGAGAGCGCGGCGGAGAUGGGAGCGCAGGCUGCGGGCAGCGCGCUCGGAGCGGGGAUGCGGCUGCGGCAGGACCUGCGCAGGAUCCGCUGUGCGCUGCUGCUCUGCCUGCUGGCCGUGCUGCUGCUCAUGCUGCCCACCGCGUACCUGCUGGUCGGGAACCUGAGAGCGCCCAGCUCCUGCGGCCAGGUCACAGAGGAGAGGGGCUCUCACUUCCUGAAGCAACGAGCAGUGGCUGCUGUUACAGACACACUUUCCAGCGCGGAGAAGCCGCGAGCUCACCUGACAGUGAAGAGGCAGGACCUGGCCAGCGACGUGGGGAGCCACAUGCCCAUCCUGCAAUGGGAGGACAAGCGAGGCCUGGCCUUCACCAAGAACAACCUGAGCUACUCCAGCAACGCCCUGGUGAUCCCCGUGACCGGAGAUUACUACGUGUAUGCCCAGGUCACCUUCCGAGGGCCCGUGGAGGGCAGCCACAAGGCCAACUCUGUCACUGAGAUCAUCACCAAGGUCACUGACAGCUACCCUGAGCCCACCCAGCUGCUGAUGGGCACCAAGACCCUCAGUGAGAACGGCAAUGGUUGGUUCCAACCCAUCUACCUGGGCGCUGUGGUCUCCUUGGAGGUGGGAGACAAGCUGAUGGUCAACGUGAGUGACAUCAAGCUGGUGGAUUACACCAAGGAGCACAAAACUUUCUUUGGGGCCUUUCUGCUGUAGGGCUGUGGCCUGCAGCAGAUGGUGGGGGAUCCCUCCAGGGUCAUCGGGGGGAUUUUGUUGGGUUUUGGCUUUGUGGGUGUGUGUUGGGGUGAGAUCUCUGCUGUUUGCCUUCUUCUUCUUCUUCUUCUUCUUCUUCUUCUUGUUCUUCUGUGCCAUCACUCCCCUGCAGCACAGUAGAGCCUUAAUUUAAUGGGUAGGGAAAGGUAAAGCUGCAGGUUGGAGUGAAAUAACCCCCCCAAAAAAACACAACAAAAACCAAACAAAAACUAACUCAAAAAAAAAAAA